UAUUGGUAAUUUUACUAAUUUUGGUUGGUGGCACUUUGUUUUCCAGUGAUUUUUAAAAAUUUAAAUCAUAAAAUACCAAAAUACACAUUUGAAUAAUUCUUCUUGUAAUUUAAGAAUUUGGUGUUAACAAUUGGAUAUAAUGGCGGUUGCAGCUGCAGCCAAGAUUGCCGAAGUCCGUGAGACAACACGGGUAGAGAGAAUAGGAGCACAUUCACACAUUCGUGGUUUAGGAUUAGACGACAGUCUUGAGGCCAGACAUGUGUCUCAAGGAAUGGUAGGCCAAGUAUCGGCAAGGCGAGCGGUUGGAAUAGUGUUACAAAUGGUUCGAGAUGGUCGAAUAGCUGGCAGAGCUGUUUUAUUAGCUGGACAACCUGGUACUGGCAAAACUGCAAUAGCCACCGCAUUAGCAGCUGCCUUAGGAUAUGACACACCAUUUACAAGUAUGGCUGGCUCAGAAAUAUAUUCUUUGGAGAUGAGUAAAACCGAGGCUCUCACUCAAGCCAUUAGAAAAAGUAUUGGAGUAAGAAUUAAAGAAGAAAGUGAAAUUAUUGAAGGUGAAGUAGUAGAAGUUCAAAUUGAAAGACCAGCUACAGGUGUAGGUACCAAAGUUGGAAAAUUGAUCCUAAAAACGACUGACAUGGAGACAGUAUAUGAUCUUGGUGGAAAAAUGAUUGACAGUAUUUUGAAAGAAAAAGUUCAGUCUGGUGAUGUAAUAACUAUUGAUAAAGCCACAGGCAAAAUCACCCGCCUGGGAAGAUCAUUUGCGAGAGCUCGUGAUUAUGAUGCAACAGGACAGCAAACAAGAUUUGUGCAGUGUCCAGAGGGUGAGCUUCAAAAAAGGAGAGAGGUUGUACAUACUGUUACUUUACACGAAAUUGAUGUAAUUAAUAGUAGAACUCAUGGUUUCUUGGCUCUAUUUUCUGGUGAUACAGGAGAAAUUAAACCAGAGGUUAGAGAGCAGAUUAAUGGCAAAGUGGCUGAAUGGAGGGAAGAGGGAAAAGCAGAAAUUAUACCAGGUGUUUUAUUUAUAGAUGAGGUUCAUAUGUUAGACAUUGAAUGUUUUUCUUUCCUAAACAGAGCGUUAGAGAAUGAAAUGGCGCCUAUAGUAAUAAUGGCUACAAAUCGUGGUAUUACUAAAAUCAGAGGAACUAAUUACAAAUCGCCUCAUGGUAUUCCAUUGGAUCUGCUUGAUAGAACUAUAAUAGUCCCUACCACACCUUAUGAUGAGAAAGAACUUAAAGAAAUUCUUAGUAUUCGUUGUGAGGAAGAGGAUUGCCAAAUGUCAGAUAAUGCAUUAACAGUACUUACUAGGAUUUCUAAAGAGACAUCUUUGCGAUAUGGUAUGCAACUUAUUAUGACUUCAAGUUUGAUUGCAAGAAAGAGAAAAGCUCAUGAAGUUGAUGUAGAAGAUAUAAAAAGAGCAUAUCAGUUGUUUUUUGAUGAAGGUAGAUCAGUACAGUUUCUUAAGGAGUAUCAACAAGAAUUUAUGUUCAAUGAAAUGGAGGGGGAAGACAAGAUGGAUGUAAAUUAGAUCCAGACUUUUCCAGGUUUGAUAGUAUUUUAAUUCACUCUAUAAUUAUUUUAAUUAAUGUAAUGUGCGUUUUAAAAUAUAUUUUUUUAAAACUUUAUUUAAAAUAAUUCUGAAUUAUUAAUAAAUAUAUUUUUUU